AUGGAAUCAGGCCUUUUGAUGACUGUGCUGAUUUUGAUUAUAUUAAUGCGAUUUAUUUUAUGGUCCUGCUUCAAUGUUUAUUUGGAUUACAAACUGACACAAAGAUUUCCUAAAAAAAGGAAGGACUCCUGA